AUGCCCUUUGUUGAUGUUCCUCUUGACCCGUCCAUGACCCCUAACGCUUCCUCGGCCUCGGACGCAAAGAGCGCUCCCAUUGCCAACGAUGACACUCCACUUACGCCUCCUUUCUCCAAGCAUGUCGAAUUGAUCCCGACCUCCGAUACCCUCUGCAUCACCCACAGACCUGGUCCGCCCGAGAUUGUCCAGGUCACUGCUGGCGCGGAAGAGAAUGAAUACUAUGGUGUGAGCAAUCAUGGAAGAGAGAACAGCCCUAAUGGCCUCGGUAUACUUGGCCGUCAAGGCGCGUCUCCGAGACCUCCGUCUACCACCCGCAUAGACACGACUGUGAGGUCUCCUACGUCGCCGAAGCAGCCUGUAGAUAUACUCGACUCUCUCCCGACCAUAGCCUAUGACGCCAACAAGCAAGUGUUCGAAGUGCGGAGCCAGAUCAAUGACUUCUUGGUUCAGGAUCUAGACACGAGUCGGCUGAAUGCCAUCCACGGUAUACUAUGGAUGGCAGGUCGACCGCUGAAUGCCAGGCAGCUGCAUCGAUACGUCAUGCUUGACAUACGUAUCUUGCGCACCGAGCAGACGGAUAUGCACGUCCUGAGAGUCUCAAAUCGCAUGUUUGUCAAGCCUCUGCCGGCCUACCUCCUGAGCUACGAUUUCUGGAAGAAGUACCUCUGUGGUCCGCCCACUGGGCAAAGCGAAGACGACCGCGCCUUGCAUAAACGAGCCUGUGGUCUUCUCAUGUCAUAUGUGUGGCUCAUCCGCUCUGAACUCGACAUGAAGAUCGCCAAAGACGAGCACCUUGUCCCGAAAGAUGUCAAUUGGCACUGGUGGAAGGCUUUUGUUGCUGACUUGCUUGCGGACGGCCACCUCGAUGCCAACUCCCUCAAGCAAUGCGACAUGAGAUACCACUACGGUGAACUGCGUCUCUCCCGCAUCAACACCAUAUACCGCAUCCGUUUCUUCCACACCCAUUUCAUUCGUGGAUACCUCUACGGCUAUAAUCGCUACGUCGUCUUCUUCCAACGCAAUUUUGGCUGGAUGCUCGUUAUAUUUGUAUAUUUUUCACUCGUGCUGUCGGCCAUGCAAGUCGGAGUUUCGGUACCACCGCUGCAGGAUAACGUCGCUUUUCAGCGGGCAUCUUACGGGUUUGUGGUGUUUUCCAUCGUUCUUGUUGCAGCCAUUGUGGGCAUCAUCGGUCUCCUUUUCGUUGCCAUCUUCGCCAUAAAUACUAUUCUAUCUAUAAGACAUAGCCUGCUGCAGUCGAGGGAGAGGAGGAAACUGGCCAAGGCGAAAAAGGGAGAGAAGCAUGCUUAA